AUGGUGCCCGGCUUGGCGCCCCAAGUGGCUUUGGACAAACAGAUCCAAUUCAAAAACCGUUUCGACAAUCUUGUCCGUAAGAUGAACACAACACAGAAAGGUGAAUUGCUAUUCGGUUUUCCGUUGAGCGACUAUUCACGCCUCCAACAGAUCGGGAAAGAAUUGGAGCUACUUCAGCGUCUCUAUGGCCUUUAUAAUGAGGUGAAUCGCACAGUGGCUGGCUAUUACGACAUCGUUUGGCAUGACGUCAGCAUGGAGUCGAUUGGAACUGAUCUGGCCGAAUUCCAGAGCAAGUAA